AUGACCACGUGCCUUCAGCGAUCGGUUAGCACUGUCUACUUGAAUGGAGAGAUAAGCUUAAUAGUGGACCUUUGUGUCGUCAGGGUUAGCGUUCUUUGGCCAGCUGUCGCAAACACACCUGUACCUCCUCCCCUAGACAUAGAAACAACCAAUGACAUAGCGUUUCUUUCUGGCUCUCAAAACAGAGAGCAAGACUCCUGCCUCUAUUACGAUGAUUGCCUCUCCCUUUCCCCACCUUUCGCAGUUAAUCCUUUAACUGUAUUUCCCGCUAGAAGGGAAGCCCCUUACUUUGUAUCUCCCUCCAGCUUUACCCUUGUCAUUGCAAUCCAUCCCCUUCUCUCUCUCUCUGUUUAUUUUUACCACUUUUCCUCCUCCCCACAAUUUAUCAUCUCUUCAUAUUUAUCUAUCGAUUGCUAUAUAUUCAUAAUCUAUCUACCCAUCUAUCUAUUCAUGUCUACUCAUAUCUAUCUAUCUAUCUAUCUAUCUAUCUAUCUAUCUAUCUAUCUAUCUAUCUAUCUCAGUUCACAUCUAUACCGGGUGCGAUGGAUGAAAAAAAAAAUCAAUCUAACAGUCUAUCUCAGUAUGCUAAUAUCUAUCUAUCUAUCUAUCUAUCUAUCUAUCUAUCUAUCUGAUUCUUUCUGGUAA